CGCACGUGCGGUGCGAUGCCGUCCGCCACCGUCACCAAAGAUUUUAGUAAAUUAGUCAGGUCUGCUGUAACGGAGUAAAAGAAUGGUAACAUUACUCCAGUGUUUUGGACUAGUGAAACUUAUUUGCGAGCAUAACGUGACGUUUAAUUUUUCCGUAUCAAAUUUGUUAAUUGUUGUGUGAAAGUUAUAGAAAUGGACGACAAGGAUAUAAUUAUUUGUAUACCAGGACAAAGGAUAUGCCCUACAAAUCAAGAGAACAUUGCUGGUCAGGGAACGUAUGAGCAACUUGGUUAUAUUUAUUCAAAGUUUGCUGGGAUAGUCAAAGUUGUUAGGCUUGAGAAUACAAAUUCAAUUGAGGUUCAUGGUAUGACUGACCAAAGCAUAGUCCCGGCCCCUGGAGAUAUUGUUACUGCCAUGGUGACAAUAGUCAAUCAAAGGUUUUGCAAGUGUAUGAUAAAGUGUGUUGGUGAUAUAGUGCUGAGUAGGCCGUACAGAGGAAUUGUAAGGAGAGAGGAUGUCAGAGCAACAGAAAAGGAUAGGAUUGAAAUGUACAAAUCUUUUAGACCUGGUGAUAUUAUUUUAGCAAGAGUUUUACCUAUGACAGAAGCACACACUUAUCAACUAAGUACUGCUGAAAAUGAAUUAGGGGUGGUUAUUGCACACAGUGAAGAAGGAGUGGCAAUGGUACCAGUAAGUUGGACAGAAAUGCAAUGUCCAAAAACUUUGAUUAAAGAAUUAAGGAAAGUGGCAAAAGUUAUACCAGAAGAAGUGGCUGUACAGGAUGGAUAGUUUUUAUAUAGUGAUUUUUAUGGCAUUAGUUAAUAAAAUUAGUAAUAGUAAAAAAUUAUUAAAUUGUUUCAAGCCCUUUAUGCUUUGUAUAUACAUGACUUUCAGAUAAUCUAGCUUUCACAGCUUUCAGACUCGAAUUAUAUUCCAUUGAACAAUGCAAAUAGAAUAUACUUCGUAUUAAAAAGUGUAUAAAAAUUAUAUCUAGUGGAUAAUGUAAUUACAUUUUGAUUAAAAUUAAUAGUAAAAACUUAUUUGAUCUGGAAACUUAAAACAAAACUCGCUUCUAAAUAAUUCUUUUUAAUUUUCUAACUACAUCUAAAUAAGGCAUUAAUUAAGUACAAAAUUAAUAUUUGUUUUAUUCCAUAUUUUUUGAUAGUUAUUUUUCUAUAGAUCAAUGAAUUACUUAGUUCUAUACAAAUUAUUGAAUAUAUUUACAUAGUAAUAAACAAUUUUGCAAAUGUCAAUUAAUUUUAUACGCGAAAAAAUGUUUCAUAAUAAGCAUUUAAUUAUUUAUCUAUCAAAAUAAUCAACAUGUACAAGUAGAAAAUAGUAAAAAGAAAAAAUAAGUGACGUAGUUAAUUAAGUAAAUCUAAGUGUAAUUAUACAACUAUCCCUUUUGAUAAAAUUAGAUAUCGCUUUUUCAAGCAAGAGGUAUCAUUACACAUUCGCAUACGCGCGCACACACACACACACACACACACACGUGUUUAAAGCAGUCUUACAAACUAGCUGAAUAAAUGAUAUCGACAUCGUCUUUCAUCAUUGAUCUAUGUCAAAAUCCAACGUUAUGAAACCGAACGUAGUUGCUAAAAAUUGACAUUGCAAAGUAGUGCAACUUUAGCUAGAGAAAGGCGCUACAAGUGCUAUUUUUUCUACCGAAAACCGCAUAUAAAUUUUUAUAAUGAAUUUUUUAUCACAAUUCAUUUAUGCUAGUUAAGUAAUAAACUUUCGUUGAAUAAAAAAAAAAAUACAGUAACCAAGGUAUAACUUAUCUUAACAAUCCUAUUCACGUGUAAGGUAACUUCAAAUACGGAAGACUACAUUGUUGCAAAAAAAUAUGAAACGUGUUAUAAUAUCGUAAGCUUGUUGUAUUGAUCAAUAUGAAAAUAAAAAACAUACACUCAC